AAUCCCUUGUUUGAAGGAAAUGUUUUUGUGGCAAAUCUCCCUAUCGCCACAUCUACUCUUGGAAAGGAGCCAAUGUCAUCUUGCCCACCAAAUUCAACUAUUGGUGGAACUUAUGGGACAAAGCCAUUUGAUCUAAAUGCUGGUGUUGCUACAGUUCAGUCUAAUGAUCAAGUAAAGACUCAAGUUGUCAAGUCAAUCACAGAGGAUGAAGAUAAGGCAAUUAAAGCGAAGGUGCAGUUGAUGGAGGGAACACUAAAAUCGAUGCAAGGUGUCCAAACUAAUAAACCGAUUAACAUCUCAUCUUUGUGCUUUUUCCCAAACAUUCAACUGCCCCAUAAGUUUAAAUUGCCUGAGUUUGAUAAGUACAAUGGCUCUGGUUGUCCUUAUGCCCACUUGACAAUGUGUUAUAUGAAGAUGGCUCCUUAUGCCAAUGAUGAGAAGCUAAUGAUACAUUACUUUCAAGACAGUCUGACAGCUCCUAGUAGAGAAGAUCUUCAAAUAGCAGAAAAUAAACCAAGUGAGAACUUUAAGGAAUUCGCUCAAAGAUGGUGUGGGUGUGGAUUGGCUGCUCAAGUUCAACCUUCACUGAUUGAUCAUGAAUUAAAACAAGUGAAGGAUGGAAUCAAGUCUGGAAUUAUCAUGGAUUAUCAAGCAAUGAAGAGUCUCCUUGAACAAUACCAAAAUGAUAGUUCAGGGGCUUCUAGUUUAAAGAAGGUUGGCCAUAAUCGAAAGAAGGAAGAGGAGAAUGGUACUAUAAGCUCAAUUUAUGAAACAUAUGGGAGAAAUAAUCAGCCACGUCCUCGAGGGCAAUUCAAUAAUUCUUUCCAAGCCCCAACUUAUCAACCGACAAUUUUUACAAGUCAGCCAAGGCCACUUUAUGCCUCUGGUAUCAAUCGUCUGCAACAAAAAGUGAGACAACAUUUCGACAAGCUUCCUUUGUCAUACACUGAAGUGUUUAAACAAUUGGUAGCAACUGGUCUUGUUACUCCUGUACCUAUGGUUCCAAUAAAACCACCAUUUCCAACGUGGUACAAUUCACAAGCAAGAUGUGAAUAUCACAACGGAGGUGUUGAGCAUGACCUUGAAAAUUGUUUGGCUUUAAGGCAUCGUGUUCAAGAUUUGAUAGAGGCAAAGGAGUUACAGAUUGCAUUAGAACCUGAAGUUGUUGGUUUGAAUAUCACUGAAAACCCCCUACCACCACAUGAUGGUUCAACAGUCAAUAUGAUCGAGAAGGAUUUUGAGGAAGGUCAAGAGGUGGCUGUAGUUACUCUCACUAAUCAAGUUUCAUCAACUCCUAGAUAGCCUUUAAUAUUGAAGGGGCCAAUGCUUACAAUUUCACUCAGACAAGGUUGAUAUUAGAACUGCUAUUUAUGAGGGCUUGAUUAAGUGAACAAUGGAGUUUUUCCCUAUUGCUAUCAUUUUGGAAUGAAAGGUGUCUAUCAUG